AUGUCCCUCCAGCAAAGGUUUAGCGACAUCGUCUUCCUUAUUUGUGACGAAAUUCACAAGUAUGAGAUGAUGAUACCGCGAAAUAUGACCAUUACCAGAGCUCAACGACUGGCCAUCAAGAAGGGCGAUAACAUGGAUGCGAUUCUGAACAACGUGUUUGAGCACCUCAGGCAGGCUGACCAGCUGUUGGCCAAUCUGACUAUUUUGCGAUGGUCUCAGAUCGAAGAUCAGGAUUACCAGAAGGUUCAUGACAUCAUGUACCAAUACAGGAACCAGUUCGAGCAGGAACUUAGCACAAGCUCUGGGUUCUACAUCAAGCGUCGCCUGGCUGUCGCCACAUUGACUGAGGAACGACUUGAGAACUUCACGAAAUACACCCUCGCUGAGCUUCCUGUCCAGCUCUUGGGAUUUAAUCACAACAAUCGCCAGUACACCACCAUAUUUCAUCCCGUCUACCCUCGGAAGAAUGCUGAUGGAUCCGCGGGCGACGUCAACUCUGCGUAUGUCUCGCCGAUCGAGACGGUAGUGAAUGCCUGCCGUAGCAAUACAGAUGUCGUGGGUGACAUCUUCCGCUCGGUGCCGCAUAUGGAGGCUGGGAAGGUGACACGAGUAUUCUUCGACAGGCCUGUUAGAAAAGAAGUGGACGAAAAGUCUUAUAUUCGCAGUGUGGACACACCCUUGACAAAGUCAACAGCUGUUUCUUAA